CGUGAUACAAUGUACCUGAGAGGUCUCCCAGUUACCACAUCACAUACGAGGAGUCGUGGAUUCGAUGCGAGAUCGUUAAACUGGAUACGCGAAAUCGUUUGGUUUGGUGGUUGGGAAGUUGGCGACACCGAUCGAUGGAAACGUGACGGAGUAAUGGCCGGGUUGCGUCAUCGAAGAAACAACGCGUCGGCGCGCGAUCACGAGAAACAGUCCAAGCACCACCGCGUUGCGUCAUGAGCCCCCGACAUUUCAUCUCGAGUGCAUCUUAACAUUCUUUGAUCUGUUUCCAACAUGAGCUCUCCUACCAAACGCCGUAAGAAGAAUGAUGGGUCGAGCCAAGCAGUACGCAGCUUGAACUACUUCUUCGCGAAGCAAACAGCCAAAGCGGCGACAAACGACGCGCCCCAGGCCAAAGUUGGAGGAAUUGAAGCGGUGACUGAGGAAAACAAACAUUUGACGGAUGAAGAAUUAGCUAGGAAGCUCCAAGAAGAAUGGAACAGGGAAGAUCAGCAGCGAACACAAAACCAGGAGCAAGCGAGCUCAAACGAACUCUACGAGGAGCCAGAGAAACCUGCCUUUGAUGGCGCGUGUGAAGGCGAUGCAAACUCCAAGCAAUCUCAGCCGGUAGAAGUGGAGGAAAUCCCGAAAGCGGCAGUGCCGAAGCUGACGAACACACUUACUCUGCAAUCCACCGCGUCGGAAGAAGACACAAUCACCGCAAACAUCCCCUUCGACCAGAGUCCACUCGAAUUCGAUCCCUCGAACUACAUUCCCAAUCUACAGAAGCAUUGGGUAGCAGAUGGAGGGCAUGCGACAUACGCACUGCUGACGAGAUGCUUCAUUCUCAUCAAUGGCACGACGAGUCGCAUAAAGAUCGUAGACACGCUCGUCAAUCUACUGCGCACCAUCAUCGAAGGCGAUCCCAACAGUCUUCUCCCUGCCGUAUGGCUCGCUACGAACUCGAUAUCGCCGCCGUAUAUCGACCUCGAGCUGGGACUCGGAGGAUCAGCUAUAAACAAGGCGUUGAAGAAGGUCUGCGGUCUGGAUAACGCGAGCUUGAAAACGCUGAAUAACAAGUACGGUGAUGCAGGAGAUGUGGCAUUCGAAGCGAAGAAGAGGCAGUCAUUCACGUUGCGGAAGCCCAAACCCCUGACGAUCAAGGGUGUGUUCGAGUCGUUGGUCAAAGUUGCGAACAGUAAAGGAAACGGCAGUGUAGAGACCAAGCAGAGGAUCGUUGAGAGGCUCGUUCAAGAUGCGCGAGGUGCAGAAGAAAGUCGAUACAUUGUCCGGACACUGGUACAGCAUCUACGCAUAGGUGCGGUCAAGACUACCAUGCUGAUUGCGUUGUCGCGCGCGUUCAUGCUAUCCAAACCUCACAACGCUGACUUCGAAACGCGCGAGCAGAAGGACUUGGCGAAAAUGAAGAAAGAGGAGCUGGUCGAGAUAUACAGCAAGAAUGAGGAGAUCGUCAAGGCUUGUUUUGCCCGGAGACCAAACUACAACGAUCUUAUCCCUGCGUUGUUGGAGAUCGGCGUCUGCGACGAACUGCUUCUGCGCUGUGGACUCGCCCUCCACAUCCCUCUACGGCCCAUGUUGGGCAGCAUAACGCGUGAUAUGGGCGAGAUGCUCACCAAGCUGCAAGGGCGCGAUUUCGCCUGUGAAUACAAGUAUGAUGGCCAACGCGCGCAAGUCCACUGCGACGAGAAGGGGAAGGUCACCAUCUUUUCACGACACUUAGAACUCAUGACCGACAAGUAUCCAGACCUCGUUGCUCUAGUACCAAAGAUACGAGGCGAAGGCGUCUCAAGCUUCAUCCUCGAAGGCGAAGUUGUAGCCAUUGACCGCGAAACCGGCGAGCUGAAGACCUUCCAAACACUUGCCAACCGUGCAAGAAAAGACGUCGUCAUAGGCAGUGUAUCCAUCGACGUUUGUCUCUACUCCUUCGACCUCAUGUACCUGAAUGGAGAGGAGCUCAUGAGCCGCCCAUUCAGAGAAAGAAGAUCACUACUACGCAGUCUCUUCGUCGAGAUUCCACACCAUUUCACAUGGGUCAAGAGCCUCGACGCUACAUCCGCAGACGCCGACAUAGUACAAACCUUCUUCAAGAGCGCAAUAGACAUAAAAUGCGAAGGCAUAAUGGUAAAAGUCCUCGAUAACCUGCCCAACCCCGACCUCCUCGCCGAACUAGACGAUCCCUCGGACCUGCCCUCCCUUCCCCCAACCCCCAAGAAGAAAAAGCCCGCUAAAUCCAAGACCAACCCGAAAGCGAAAUCUACAACCACACACACCCCUCCCAACGACCCCAGUACCGAGCCCCCAAAAACCUCCGGUCGACGAAAAGCCCUCCUCUCCACCUACGAACCCGACAAACGCCUCGACUCAUGGCUCAAAGUAAAAAAAGACUACCACUCCACGUCCGAAACCCUCGAUCUAAUCCCCGUCGGCGCCUUCCACGGCUCGGGCAGAAAAGCAGCCUGGUGGUCCCCGAUCCUGCUCGCCAUCCGCGACUCGUCGACCGGCUCUCUCGUCGCGGUUACAAAAUGCAUGUCCGGCUUCACCGACGCCUUCUACAAGGCAAACCGCGCAAAGUAUGAUCCCGAUGAUCCUGAAGGCGUCAAUGUGCUGGAGGCGAAGCCAAGCUACGUCGAGUAUAACGGCGGGGCUGGAUGGCCUGCGGUGUGGUUCGAGCCGCAGGAGGUGUGGGAGGUGGCGUUUGCAGAUUUGACGCUCAGCCCGACGUAUACGGCGAGUAUUGGGCUGGUGAGUGAUGAGAGAGGGUUGAGUACGCGGUUUCCCAGGUUUUUGAGGGUGAGAGAGGAUAAGAGCUUGGAGGAAGCCACGGAAGCUGGAGAGUUGGCGGAUCUGUACUGGAAGCAAGAGGCCAAGGCGCCAGUCAAGAAGGAGGGUGCUGAGGAUGAGGAUAUUGACUAAGUUUGGUUAGACGGUCGAUUAUUGGAUAUCCCUGCGUUCAGCUUUCACAAUUUACAUUCAGAGUGAACGCAAAAUUUGAGAGUUAUCGAGAUGAAUUCA